AUGUUGUCACGGCGCGCUCCUUGUGGCAGCCUGACGGAGACGGCGCGCCUGCUGCACAACGUGCGCUCCGUGUUCCGCCGCCGCUCCGCCGCGCGCGCCGCCACCGAGCUCGAGCUGUCGCACGGUUUCGCGUUCUCGCAAGAGGAGGGUGGAAGUGUCUCGCAAGCGGACGUGAUCCGCGCCUACGACACGAGCCGGCCGAGGCAGCAGCGUUCCUGA